AGUUAACGUGAAAUGGGUCUCACGACUACGGUGAGCUCGCCGGUCGAGUUCGGGCUGCGCGCUAUCGGGAUUUGGCCGGGGGCAUCUCGCAGCAUCUUAUACCGGACUUUCUGGACGAUCUCCUUGGGCCUCGCUCAAACAUUCCAAUUUAGAUACAUCGCCGGCUGCAUCGAAACUGCUAACUUUCUCGAUCUGGUGGACAGCGUCAGCACCACGCUGCCUUACAGUCUGCUCUGUUUGAAGCUGGUUAUCCUCUGGCAGAAUCAGAAAUUAUUUAAUGAAAUUUUGACAUCAAUGUCGCGAGAUUGGUGCAACUGCGGCGACGUCGACUUCAACAUGCGCACCAUGACAAAUAAAGCAAUUCUUUCUCAUCGUUGUUCAUUGUUGAUUAUUGGAGUAUAUUCAUUGGCCGUUGUAAUGUAUGUUUCCGUCAUAAUGGAACUUAAUAACAUCGAUAACGGAUCCAGCAAAGGAGAGAAACAGCUUUUUCUUAAAAUGAAAUUUCCCUUCGUUUACGAAUUUUCUCCUGUUUGGGAAAUCGUAAUGUUUGUUCAAUUUUUACAGCUGUUGAGCAACGCCUCGGUAAUUGGGAUGCUGGAUGCACUGAUCAUAACAUUGAUAUUUCAUACAAGCGGACAGAUAGAUAUUGUAUGUCGUGGGUUGCUUGAACUUUUUUCAAAGGACUGCAAAUAUAAAUCGUAUAAGGACGCAAAGAGCGCUAUUAUCCGCAGGCAUCAAAGUGUCAUUGCGUUCUCAGAUAAUAUCGAGAAUCUUCUCUCUUACAUUGCGCUAAUGCAGUUUGUUACGAACACACUUGUCAUAUGUGGCAUAGCAUUCGUGAUCGUCAUAUCGAUAGAAAGUGGCAGAGGAUAUGCCAUAUUAUUGAAAUCCUUAUUCUUUUACAUUGCUAUCACUUUGGAGGCAUUUAUCUUUUGCUUUGCUGGAGAAUAUCUCAGCAAUAAGAGCAAGUCAAUCGCAAAUGCAGCUUAUGAGACUCUUUGGUAUAAUGCGAAACCCAGCGAAAGUCGAAUUUUAUUGAUUCUAAUAUUGAGAUCGCAGAAACGACUGACUUUAACAAUCGGGAAAUUUAACGAUUUGUCUUUGGAAGUUUUUGCGAAUAUACUGAAAGCUUCUGCUUCUUACGUAUCGGUGCUACUUGCAAUGUCUUGAUCAACAAAAAGAUAUCAAUUACGAAGUCUGCAUAAACAUGUACACAUAUUUGCAUAUUAUAUACGUAUAUUAUAUUAUUUUAAGUCAUUAUGUGCUACGUGAAUAUUUUUUCUCAUAUUUUAUCACUUGUCGUUUUCGUACACGUUCCGCUUAUCUCUUCAUAAACUUCGAGAACGAGACGUAAAGAUGUACACGUUAUAAUUGUUCUCAUCACUUAAAAAUAUAUAAAGCAGUAUUUCUCUUGCUGUGUUU